GUUCUCCGACAGCACUUAAAAGCAUCACAUGUUUCUUUGAGUCAAUCGCGUUUUCUUCGUACAUUUUGUCGUUUGUGUAUCAAAGUGUUUGACUUUACCUUCAGACUGAACAAGUGAAUCAUUCACAAUCUGUUUUUUUUUAAAGUAUGUUUCUUCUGACAAGCGCCAUCGUUUAUUUUUUUAACAAACGCAAACUUUAGUAACCUUGGUACAUCGGGCUUUCCGUAGUGCGGAUGUAGUUGUCUCCGUAGUGUCUCCGGCGUGACAUUCACCGGGUUGUCUGAGAGGAGGAAAACGACCAUCCUGUGUCCGACCGAGCCGCCGUCAACAUGAGAGUGCUACAAGCGGGUCUGUGUUUGGCCAAAACUCACCUUUUGGCCCCAGGAAGCGUCACUCUUAAAAAGGUUCUCAUCGACAGCUGUCGGACAUGCUCCUCCGGGAUCUUCCCCAACGAGAGGAUCCGCAACAUCGGCAUCUCAGCCCACAUCGACUCUGGGAAGACCACCCUGACCGAGCGCGUCCUCUACUACACCGGCAGGAUAGCAGAGAUUCACGAGGUGAAGGGGAAGGACGGUGUUGGAGCCACUAUGGACUCUAUGGAGCUGGAGAGACAGAGAGGCAUCACCAUCCAGUCAGCUGCUACAUACACUGUGUGGAAGAACAACAACAUCAACAUCAUUGACACACCAGGUCACGUGGACUUUACCAUUGAAGUGGAGCGAGCACUGCGCGUGUUGGACGGAGCUGUGCUGGUUCUGUGUGCGGUUGGAGGGGUCCAGUGUCAGACCAUGACUGUGAACAGACAGAUGAAGCGCUACAACGUCCCCUUCCUCACCUUCAUCAACAAGCUGGACCGCAUGGGUGCAAACCCAAGCCGAGCCCUGCAGCAGAUGAGAACCAAACUGAACCACAAUGCAGCGUUUGUGAGCAUCCCCAUCGGCCUGGAGGGGAACAUGCGCGGCAUCAUUGACCUUGUAGAGGAGCGAAGCAUGUAUUUCGAAGGACCUUUUGGUGAAACGAUCCGUUAUGAUGAGAUCCCAGCAGAUUUCCGUGCUGAGGCUGCAGACCGGAGACAGGAACUGGUGGAGUGUGUGGCUAACGCGGAUGAACACUUGGGAGAGAUGUUCUUGGAGGAAAAGAUUCCAACCAACGACGACCUGAAGGCUGCAAUCCGCCGAGCUACCGUGCAGCGUCUCUUCACUCCAGUGUUGGUGGGCACAGCAUUGAAGAACAAGGGCGUCCAGCCUCUACUGGAUGCUGUCCUGGAUUAUCUGCCCAACCCCACUGAAGUCAAAAACUAUGCUAUCCUCAAUGACGAAGAUGUCAGUAAAACAUCAAAGCUUCAAAUGGAUCCCACAAGAGACUCUACAAACCCGUAUGUUGGUCUGGCCUUCAAACUGGAGGCGGGGCGUUUUGGCCAGCUGACGUAUGUGCGGGUGUACCAGGGCUGUUUAAAGAAAGGAGAAUACAUCUACAACACCCGCACAAGCAAGAAAGUCAGAGUUCAGAGGCUUGUGCGUCUUCACGCUGACCAGAUGGAGGAUGUGGAUGAGGUCUAUGCAGGCGAUAUAUGUGCUCUGUUUGGGAUUGACUGUGCAAGUGGAGACACUUUUACGUCGAGAACCAGCGCUAAUCUCUCCAUGGAGUCUAUUCAUAUCCCAGAGCCUGUCAUUUCCAUGGCAAUGAAGCCAGCAAACAAGAACGACCUGGAUAAAUUCUCCAAAGGUAUUAACCGUUUCACCAGAGAGGAUCCGACGUUCAGAGUACAUUUUGACACAGAGAGCAAAGAAACCAUCAUCUCAGGCAUGGGCGAGCUGCAUCUUGAAAUUUACUCCCAGAGGAUGGAGAGGGAAUACAACUGUCCCUGCGUGAUGGGAAAACCCAAAGUGGCUUUCAGAGAGUCGAUCACCAGUCCUGUAUCGUUUGACUUCACUCAUAAGAAGCAGACCGGUGGCUCUGGGCAAUACGGUAAAGUUAUAGGAGUCCUUGAGCCUCUUGAGGAAGAGCACUACACCAAGCUGGAGUUUGAAGACCAGACUGUCGGAACAAACGUCCCGAGGCAGUUUGUACCAGCUGUUGAAAAGGGUUUCAAGGAGGCCUGUGAGAAGGGACCCCUGACUGGACACAAGAUCUCAGGAGUCAGAUUCGUCCUGGAAGACGGCGCACAUCACAUGGUUGACUCCAAUGAGCUCUCCUUCAUCCGUGCAGGAGAGGGAGGUCUAAAACAAGCUAUGGAAAAGUCCAACACGAUCCUCCUGGAGCCGAUCAUGUCGGUGGAAAUCGUAGCGCCUCAGGAGUUUCAGGGAACAGUGAUUGCUGGUGUAAACCGUCGACAUGGUGUUAUCACAGGACAGGACGGAGCUGAAGGAUACUUCACUCUGUACGCUGAUAUUCCACUAAACGACAUGUUCGGCUACGCCACAGAGCUACGCUCCUGCACUGAGGGAAAAGGGGAGUACACCAUGGAUUACAGCAGAUACCAGCCCUGCCUGCCCGCCACACAAGAGGAGCUCGUCCACAAAUACCUCGAGGCUACAGGCCAGCUGCCCGCAAAGAAGAACAAGUGGAAGAACUGAAAAGUGUUGAAACUAUUGAACUCUGACCGUCCCUCAUCCUUCUGCCCAUCUCCAAUUACAUGACAAUAAGAUGUUUGUUUUGUAGCUGAAGUCAUUUCCUCCUUGGUAUUUGACCCCUGGUAGGAAACCUAUUUAUUACCUUGAUUUUAGCACCAUUUGACCCCUCGUCUCUGCAGCCAUAUGGUGGUCGGUAAGGAAAGCUCAGUGUUUUGACUUGAGCUUCAAAUAGUGUUUGUACUAUGUACAGAACAGAAAAGAUUGCAACAAAGAUAUAUAUCCACCUUUUAAAGUGUUUCCUGUGCAGAUCAUAGAUGUCUCAACAACUUGUUACAAACACUUGAUUACAUUCUUCUUGAGCAGAUAUUUCACAAGCUA